AUGCUCAGAAACGUUGCUCGUGUUGCCCGUCCUUUGUCCAUUGCAGCUGCUGCUCGCACUGUUGCUCCUGCUGCCCGCUUGAACUUGGGUGCCAUCUCGCGCUCUUAUGCCACCGCUAAGGCUUCCACCUCUGAAGUCUCUUCCGUUCUCGAGCAACGCAUUCUUGGUGCUGAAUCUGAAGCCAAUCUCCAAGAGACUGGUCGCGUCUUGUCCAUUGGUGACGGUAUCGCCCGUGUCUAUGGCUUGAAGAACUGCCAAGCUGAAGAAAUGGUUGAAUUCUCCAGCGGUCUCAAGGGUAUGGCCCUUAACUUGGAACCUGACAACGUUGGUAUUGUCGUUUUCGGUAACGAUCGUUUGAUCAAGGAAGGUGACACUGUCAAGCGUACUGGUGCCAUUGUUGAUGUCCCUGUUGGUCCUGGUGUCCUUGGUCGUGUUGUUGAUGCCCUUGGUAACCCCAUUGAUGGUAAGGGUCCCCUUGAGACUGUUGGCCGCUCCCGUGUCCAAGUCAAGGCUCCUGGUAUCUUGCCCCGUCACUCUGUCAACGAGCCUAUGCAAACUGGUAUCAAGUCUGUUGACUCCAUGGUGCCUAUUGGUCGUGGUCAACGUGAAUUGAUCAUUGGUGAUCGUCAAACCGGCAAGACCGCUGUUGCCCUUGAAGCCAUUCUUAACCAAAAGAACUGGAACAAUGGCACCGAUGAGGCCAAGAAGCUUUACUGUAUCUACGUCGCCGUUGGUCAAAAGCGUUCCACUGUUGCCCAACUCGUCAGCACCCUUGAAGAACACGAUGCCAUGAAGUACACCACCGUUGUUGCUGCUACUGCUUCUGAAGCCGCUCCUCUUCAAUACCUUGCUCCUUUCUCUGGUGCCGCUUUCGGUGAAUGGUUCCGUGACAAUGGCAAGCACUCUUUGAUCAUCUAUGAUGAUUUGUCCAAGCAAGCUGUUGCCUAUCGUCAAAUGUCCCUUUUGCUUCGUCGUCCCCCUGGUCGUGAAGCUUACCCUGGUGAUGUCUUCUACCUCCACUCCCGUUUGUUGGAGCGUGCUGCCAAGAUGAACAAGGACUUUGGCUAUGGUUCCAUGACCGCUUUGCCCAUCAUUGAGACUCAAGGUGGUGAUGUGUCCGCUUACAUUCCUACCAACGUCAUUUCCAUUACCGAUGGUCAAAUUUUCUUGGAAGCCGAACUUUUCUUCAAGGGUAUUCGUCCUGCCAUUAACGUUGGUUUGUCCGUUUCUCGUGUCGGUUCCGCUGCCCAAACCAAGGCCAUGAAGCAAGUUGCUGGUUCCCUUAAGCUUUUCUUGGCUCAAUACCGUGAAGUUGCUGCUUUCGCCCAAUUCGGUUCCGAUUUGGAUGCCUCCACCCAAUUCUUGCUCAACCGUGGUGCUCGUUUGACUGAAUUGCUCAAGCAACCCCAAUACCACCCCUUGGCUAUCCAAGUUCAGGUCCCUAUUGUCUUUGCUGGUGUCAACGGUUUCCUCGAUAAGCUCCCCGUCAACAAGAUCGUCGAUUGGGAAAAGGACUUUAUCAGCCACAUCCAAUCUGAGCACAAGGAUGUUCUUGAAGAGAUCCGCACCCAAGGUGUCCUUUCCAAGGACCUUGAAGGCAAGCUUCGUGACAUUUGCGAGAACCACGUCAAGUCCUUCCAGUAA